AUGAGAACUAUUAUUGGGCUGGCUUUUAUUCUCUUACUCCCCAUUAGUAAGCAAACGAAGCAAAUUUUGUUCGCUUAUGAGAGAGGAAGAGGGUUAAUUUUUUGUUUUUUAAAAUUUAUAUAUAAGUUUUAUAGUAAAUUUCAUUUUUUAAAAUUUAAAAAAUCCCAAUACGAAAUAAUUUUAAAGCAAAUAUUAAUUUUAUUAAUAAAAAUUUAUGUUUUAAAAUGAAAACUGUUUAAAAUUAAACCAAAUAAGCUAGAGAUUUCAUUAUAAUAAUUAUCACUUAUAUAUAAAAAUAUUUUUUUCUUGAAUAUUUUUUGUUCGAUCACAGAGGGUAGAGUUUUACCCAAAAAAUAGCGAUUUUUCCAAUGGUUUUGUUCACGGAGCGGGUGAGAGCUAGCAUAUGGAGAAUAUAUCAAACUAGAAGACUUAAAAUCAAGCGAAUUUGGUAAAUCUGUAUUGAACGCAAUAGAAUUGUCUGUAAAAUCAGAUAAUACUGAUGUCACUAUCAAAGUACUUUCAGGAUUCAAGCAAUCUCUUAAUGAGCAAGGAAGAGACGCUGAAGACAAGCUUUCAACACUCAAGGCUGAGUGCGAUGAUGCAAUAAAUCAGUAUUUAUCAUAUGUCGCAAGUGCUAAAAUUGAUUUAAGUAAAGCACGCAACUCGCUUGAAGAAUGGCAAAAGCCGUUAGAUCAAUGGUCUGCUUUAUUGAGCCAAAGAAAUAAAGAACUAAAUAUGAUACAAGCAAACUCUGUUGAUAUUGAAUCUUAUAAGAAAGACGACUUAGAAAACCAAGAAAAGCUGCUCGAGGAGUAUAAUCAAGCAAUUUCUGCAUGUGAUGACGCCAUUAAUUGCUUAAACAGUCAAACUCCAGGAACAUUUUUGCAAAGCCCUGUCAUGCUACAAGUUGAUUCACAGAUUCAAAGUAUGGCUGUUGCUUCUCCUGCAAAUGUUCCUCUUUUCAAAGUUUUAAUAGAGCUUGGAAAAAAUGCUAAAGACCAAAAAACUUUAGCAAGAUCCAUAGCACUAUUAGAAAAUCUUAGGGAUCAUAUAAAAAAUUCUAAAUUUGAAUUUCAAGAAAGCAAUAAGCUUGCUAAAUCUGCCUAUGAUGAAUAUUUUCAAGCCUUGGAUGAAGAAGCAAUUAAGCUUAAAAAAGAUGUUGAAGACUUCACUUUAGAGGUUCAAGACUGGAAAGCCAAAGUCAAAGACGCAAAGUCUGCUUAUGAUGAGGCUACUAGAAGAAUUACUGACAUUCCAAAGUUAAUUGAGCAAAAGCAAGGGAUGUGUGAUAGCGAAAAAUCAAUGCAUGAAAAAGAUAUUCAAGAAACCUCUUCCCAGUCAGAAAUUAUUGAUCGUGUGCUUUGGCUUAUCAACAACAAGCUUGACGAAGUGCAAGGAUUUUUUUCAAAGGUAUAA